AUGGCUGAGGAAGUCCGCAAGGUCCCCUUGAAACCCAUCCGUGCCUGGGAGAAGACGAGACCUCCUCGAAGGAAGAGUCCGCGGAAGAGGCCACAGCAGCAGCAGGAGCUGUGUGUGCCUCAGCCCUUCCAUGCUGAUUCACCAUCACCUGGGAAUGCCUCCUGCUUUAUGGGGCCAGACUCGCAGGAGAAAGAGACCCUAGAGUACAUCAACGCCUUUCUCAAGGGCAAUGAACAGGAGGAGGCCAAGAAACUUGAAUUCUUGGAUUGUGUCAUCACCAUCAGCAGGGCCGUCCUCACGAGGCACCCAGAGAGAAACCUGGCAGCUUUUCUUGGCAAAGCCCUCCUUGUGAAAAAGAUAAAGGAGCUGAUUGAUCUUGAGUCCGUCAACUCCCUGACCAGCGGGGUGCGUCAGCAAGCGAUGCUCGCCAUCAUGGAGCUGAGCAAAGUGAAGCCACUGCUGCAGGGAAUGGAGCUAUCCAGCCUGCUCACCGUCUGCUUCGCCAGCACCUUCUCCCUGCCUCCAGCAAACACCAACCAGGGCGUGGAGGCUGCUCUAUACAACAACACUCUGAACACCAUGGAUGAGCUGUUGAAGGCCUUGGUGUGCGAGGAGGAGAAGCCCAACCUUGUGGUGCUGCAAAACAUCUUGGAGGUCCUGCUCCCCUGGACCGCAUCCAAGGAGGUGCAUGUGCGGCUGAGGGCAGUGGGAAGAAUCACCUGGCUGACCAAAUUCAUCUCUGGUCAACACAAAUUCAAGGGACUGGAGGAGUUCAGAGUCCUGGGCCAGCUGGUGGGCUGUCUCACUCUGCGCUGUGCUGAGCAGGAGCAGGAGAUCUGCCGAUCGGCUAUGGAGGGACUUCAUCACCUCUACGCCUUCCUGCUGUGGCAAAAACGCACCACGCUGGCAAAGCAGAGUGCAGAGUAUCUGCAGGUCUUCAGGGAGUGGCGAGCGGAGAACACCUUCUGGGUCACCUGGUUCACCAACACCAGCAAUAUCGCCAUGAUGUUUGGGAAGUACUUCAACCCAUCCGAGCGCAUGGACUUCCUCCUCACGGCUAUCGAGGGCAUGAAAGACACCAGCGUCCAUGACUCGGUGGCGGCCAGGCACAUGCUGCAUGUGAUCCUGUGGGUCCCCAGCCCAAGCUUGGAGAGGGUGUCGGAGGCUGUGAUGAGCAUCUACCACAACCUGGACUUCAUCAGCGAGCCGCUGGCCCAGCAGCAGCUGCUCAAGGCCCUUGUCGUGCUGGGCAACCAGUACAGCGAGGAGGUGGUCACAACCCUGCUGGGCUGCUCGCUGUCAUGUGACAGCGUUGCUGUGGAGAUGUGGAGGGUGCUGACAUCCCACCCCAAGACCGCAGGAAAGGUCCUCCGGGAGCUGCUCGACAGGCUGCAGGAAUGGCCGCUGCGCCAGCAUCACGAUGUCUCUCAGCAAGAGGCUGGCGUCGCCCCCUUGGCCGUAAGUUCCAGCCCCUGCAGCAAGGGAAGGAGCGCCGUGUUUCCCCUCCACGGCCUGAGGGUGUCUCUCAGUCUCCCACUGGGUAUCGCCAUUGGGCCGAAGAGAGAGAGUGUGACUCUAGUCAGUGCUAUGGUCGAGGCAGAACACGCCGAAACCCUCUCCUGGUGCUCUGGGACAGCUCUCAUAGAACCGCAGGGUGAGAAGGGAUCGCAAGGUCAGCUUGUCCAGCCCCCUGCCAAGAUGCAGGAUUUGUUGUGUCUAUCCCAGCCGAGACAGAUGGCUCCAGCUUCCUUCUAUAAACCUCCAGUGGGGAAAAUCCAGCGUCAGCAGCCAGUCAUCGUGGAGCGGCUACACGAGGCAGACAGGGGCGUCAUCUCCAAUGCCAUCACCGUGCUGAGAGACAUCCUCGCCGGCAUGGACAGGCAGAGCGCCAGCACCGUGGCUGUGCAAGUGGCUGAGAAACUCCUGCCGUUCUUUCAUGAUGAGCCCAGCAAACUCCGGGUGCUCUCCAUCGCCCUCUUUAAACACCUGCUGGAGCUUGUAAGGGGGCCCAGCAGGAGGAAGAUGAAGGAGCACGUCCUCCGGAGCCUGGUCCCGCUGCUCCUCCUCCUGCACGAUGAGCGUCCCAAUGUGUCCCAGGUGUGUUGGGACACCCUCAGGAGUGCUCUGGAAUUCCUACGGUGGAGCCAGCUCGGUGCUCUUGUCCAGCGAAAGGAGCUUUGGCGAGGCUGUGACUGCCUGGUGGCGUGCUACAAGGGGAGGGCAGAAACCUUCCUCUGCCAGGCCAUGGCCUUUCUGAAAAACCCGCAGGCUCCCAUUAGAGAAGCGGCCAUCAGGUUUCUAGGGCUCACUGCCCGGCAGCUGGACCAGAAGAGCCAGGAGAAGUUGGAGGCCAUCUUCAACGGUGAGUGGUACCCGCUUUGA